CGUUAUUUUCCUCUUCCCGCUUCGGCGCUUCCUCGCCGUUGGGGCUGGGGCCGGCGGAAAGGUCAAAAUCGAUGAGUUAUUUGAUUAAUCUACUUGAGAAAUCAAUGGGACCGUGAUCUGGAGUUCCAGAUCUACUGAUCUAGGUUACUUUCCGUUUCUCAGUUUGUUUGCGUUACCAAUUCCUUCUUUUAUUUUGAUCUGUUCGCCGUCUUCCACCUCCUUGCGUCGCCGAUCGAAGAAACUGAUGUCAUUCUAGGUUUUCUCCACCAUUUUUUUUCUCAUUCACCCUAUAGCGAUGGGAUCUCUUUCCCAUGAGAGAAAAUAUGAUACCUUUGCUCCUCUCUCGUCUCCUUGUGAGUUGAAGUACAUCGAGCAUCAUGUAUCCAAGUUGGACACACUUGCAGGCGUCGCCAUAAAGUACGGUGUUGAGAUUGCAGAUAUCAAGAGAACUAAUUGUCUAACAACAGAUCUUCAAUUGUUUGCUCACAAAAUUUUACUUAUUCCUCUUCCUGGAAGGCAUCCACCAUCUACUCCAAUUCAGUUUAAUGGUUCUCUUGAUGACAGAGAUGAUUCUGCUACCCAUUCUCCGAAAGGGAACAUAUUUGAUUCUUUACAGCCAAUGAAAUUGAACUUCCUCCAAAACAGUGACAUCUCACCUGUCAUGAGUAGCUUACAGAGAUGCUAUGAUCUUCCACGCCAUAAAAAUGGAAUUACAAAUAAAAGCACAGAAAUGACUGUUUAUAGAACAGGCAGUGUACCUUACUUUCAAGACGAUUUGCUUCCAAAAAUGUCACCAUCAUCUGAAACACAAUCAAGAAGAUCCAUGGGUCUUCUCAGGAGCUACCACUCAGAUAAUGUUCUUCAGAAGGCCUUGCAACUUAACAAAUGUGGAGAUGCUAGUGACGGUGAGAAAUCUAAGUCAGAUAAGUCUGUCAGGCAUCGUCAAAAAGCCGAUACUGAUGCUUGGAGCACUGUCGUUGAAGGGAUCAUAAACAAUAUUGGAAGAGGAUUAGCCCCAAGGACAUUGUUAGCUAGUCUGAUGGAUCACACAAGUCCAUCACAAGAAACUUCUCAAACUGCUAGUUUUCUCACUGUGAUCAAGUCUUUUAGCUCCUUGAGUUUGCAAGAGGAAAACGACUCCGCUUGGUCCUAUUCUAGAUGGACACCAAAGCCCGAUUCAAUCACAAAACCAAUUUUAUCAUCUUUGCCAAAGCAAAUCUCUGUCUGGAGAAGCAAAGCUGCUCUAGAUUAACCACAGAACUUAUUUAGUUGUUGUACCAUGUCAUUUUGGGACAAAGCAUGUUGUGUUAAUACACUGGGCCUUGAGAACAAUUCAUCCUCGAUUAGCAAAUGUUUAUAGAAAUGUUAUUCUUGGCAUGUGCCAUAUUAAUAAAAGAUCAAAGUGAUAAUUCUUAUUAA